GAAUAGGCGGAAAGGGAAGUCCUGGAAGGGGUGGGAGUUGUGGCAAUGGUGGAAGCUCAGGCAUUAAAGCCGGAUCUAAAACACAAGAGUAUUUCCAUAAAGAUUGAAAGAGAGUUUCGGAGAUCAGGUUGAGAUUAGAGAGAGAGAGAAGAGAUAGAAAGUGUGUGACUGAAUCCUUAUGACUUGUGACUUGUGAGGGAGCGACAGAUGCACAGAGAGAGCUUUUUCUUUUAUUUUCCUUUGUAAUUUCCCUUUUACCCUUAAACGGCGUUAAAGGUUUUACUUUAUAGGUUAUGGUUUAAUUCAAGUUAAAUCUGGCCUUUGAUUUUUUAACAGCAGAUUGUAUAAGCACUGAAGCCGGAUCCUGUUGGGAAAAGGUCACCUCGGAGUCCCCCCGGGCCACCAACUCUCUUAAGCCGCUUACUUCACUCUCUGUCUACUAGUUCAGCUUAAGCCAUAUAUCGAACACGAGGGACAGAGAGAGAGUGAGAGAUGGACUUAGAAGGAACGCCUGGUCUCCAUGGAUACCGCAUGCCUGCUGAGUGGGAAACCCAUUCAAACUGUUGGAUGGGUUGGCCUGAACGCCCAGAUAACUGGAGAGAUAAUGCAGUUCCUGCCCAAUGUGUAUAUGCCAAGAUAGCAUCUGCAAUCUCAAAGUUUGAGCCUGUAACUGUAUGUGCAAGUGCUGCUCAGUGGCCCAAUGCACGAAGUCAGCUGCCAAAAAAUAUAAGACUGAUUGAGAUGAGUAUGAAUGACUCUUGGUUUCGUGAUACUGGACCAACUUUUGUAGUUAGCAAGGAUGCAUCAAAUUCUGGUACCUCAAUGCCGAAGGUUGCUGGCAUUGAUUGGAAUUUUAACAGCUGGGGAGGCAUUGAUGAUGGUUGCUACCAAGAUUGGAGUCUUGACCUCCAUGUUGCAAGGAAGAUCUUGGAUAUUGAGAGGCUUCCUAGGUUUCCACAGUCUCUUGUUCUGGAAGGUGGGAGCAUCCAUGUUGAUGGAGAAGGAACUUGCCUUACCACGGAGGAGUGCCUUUUGAAUAAAAACAGGAACCCGCAUUUAAAUAAGGGGCAAAUAGAGAAUGAACUCAAGGCAUAUCUUGGAGUCAGGAAGGUUAUUUGGUUGCCUCGUGGAUUAUACGGUGAUGACGAUACUAAUGGUCACAUCGACAACAUGUGCUGUUUUGUGAAGCCUGGUGUGGUUCUGUUGUCCUGGACCAAUGAUGAAAAUGAUCCUCAGAAUGAACGAUCUGCAGCGGCCUUUUCUGUUCUUACAAGUGCUACUGAUGCCAAUGGUCGGAAAUUAGAAGUGAUUAAACUCCAUGUUCCAGGGCCACUUUACAUGACAGAUGAAGAGGCAGCAGGAUUAAUUCAGGAUGGUGAGGCUAAACUGAGACUCCCAGGUACCAGACUUGCCGCUUCAUAUGUGAAUUUCUACAUUGCCAAUGGAGCAAUUAUCUUACCACAGUUUGGAGACCAAAAGUGGGAUGAUGAAGCUGUUCAUGUUGUUUCUCUAGCCUUUCCAAAUCAUGAAGUGGUAAGAAUCGAAGGAGCGAGAGAGAUUGUUUUGGGGGGUGGAAACAUACAUUGCAUUACUCAACAACAACCAUCCAUUCCAUUCCAGAAUGGUGAUCGUUUAUGAACGAACAUUUGGGCAUGGAUUUAUUAAUACUCAUAUCGAGAUUAUGCGGUUGUUGCCAUUGAGAUUUUCAGAUGCUAAUCUGCCCCCACUCAGGUUUACUAAUGCUGUUAAUAAGCUUUGAGCCUUGACUCUUUAGGGAGGGUGCUAUAUAUGAAUAUGAAUUGUUCUGCCACUCCCUCUCUCUCUCUCUCUCUCUCUCUCUCUCUCUCUGGGAGGAAUUUGCACUUCAUUUCAUUUCUUUAAAUUGAAUUAUUAUUAUUAUUAUUAUUAUUUUGUGCCA